UCUACUAUUGCUACUUCCUGCCUUACACCCUGUCAUUGUGCAUUUUGUGACAGAGCAAUGUCUACAAUGGCCACCCGGCUCAGUAUAUUGGGGAGAUCAGCCCAGCAGCUAAACAGAAUCUACACCAAGCAUGCCCCAUGUGUAUCAACCAGGGGCUCUCUAUGGGCUGGAGAUCACAUCAGGUGCCAACAUUCCAAAGCAAGUGAUGACGCACGCCCUGAGACUUCUCAUGCAAAAACCUUAAUGGACAUUGGUACAAGACGCGUAUUUAAUGGUGAUCAUGAUAUUUUCAGAGAAAGUGCCAGAAGGUUCUUCCAACAGGAAGUAGUCCCUCACCAUACGGAGUGGGAGAAAGCUGGACAGGUGAGCCGUGAAGUUUGGGAGAAAGCCGGACAACAGGGUCUUUUAGGAGCCACUAUUCCAGAGGAUCAUGGUGGCAUUGGUGGGGACAUCCUGUCAUCUGCCGUUGUGUGGGAGGAGCAGAUGUAUGUGAAUUGCACCGGCCCGGGAUUUAGCCUCCAUUCUGAUAUCGUGAUGCCUUAUAUCUCAAGAUAUGGCAGUAAAAGCCAAAUUGAGAAGUAUAUUCCUAAGAUGGCUGCUGGUCAAUGGAUAGGCGCGAUUGCUAUGACGGAACCCGGAGCUGGAAGUGACUUGCAAGGGGUUCGAACAAACGCUAAGAAGGAUGGCAGUGACUGGAUACUGAAUGGUAGUAAGGUAUUUAUCACCAAUGGCUGGAUGAGUGAUGUAGUCAUUGUUGUUGCCGUCACAAACCGUGAAUCUCGCACUCCAGCUCACGGUAUCAGCCUCUUUCUCGUCGAUAACGGUACCAAAGGCUUUGUGAAAGGACGGAAACUGGAAAAAAUUGGUUUGAAAGCACAGGACACUGCAGAAUUAUUUUUUGAAGAUGUGAGACUUCCAGCAGAUGCUCUGUUAGGAGAGGAAAAUAAGGGUUUUUACUACCUAAUGGCUGAACUGCCCCAGGAAAGAUUAUUGAUUGCAGACAUGGCCCUUGCAAGCUGUGAGUUCAUGUUUGAAGAAACCAGGAACUAUGUUAGGCAGAGGAAGGCAUUUGGAAAAACAGUUGCACAUUUACAGACCGUUCAACAUAAGCUUGCGGAGUUGAAAACUCAGAUCUGUGUGGGUCGUACAUUUGUGGAUAACUGUCUCGAACUUCAUGCCCAAAGACGUUUGGAUUCUGGCACAGCUUCCAUGGCGAAAUACUGGGCUUCUGAUCUCCAGAAUAGUGUGGCAACACAGUGUGUACAGCUUCAUGGUGGAUGGGGGUACAUGUGGGAAUAUCCAAUUGCAAAAGCGUUUGUAGAUUCUCGUGUUCAGCCAAUUUAUGGGGGUACCAAUGAGAUUAUGAAGGAACUUAUUGCAAGAGAUAUUGUCAAGGAUAAAUAAUCCUUUAUUUUGUACUUGGAAAAACGUGCCUGAAAUUUUAAGUUUGGAAAUUUGAUACCGACAUCUGUUCUUGUAAAAUAUAAUAUAAUGUGUACUUGUUAUAAACCUAAUUAAUAAAGUGAAUUAACAUGUUA